GGGAUAUGUGGAUGUGUCAUUCGAGAUCUGGGGAAGGAGGUAGGAACAAACGAAGGCUCGAGAUGGCAAGUCUCGUACAGUCGUCGGAGGGAACACGUUCUGACUUACUGAUAUCGAGAUCUCAGUGCGGCAGGGGAGGAGUAAGACCUGCCUUGCAGGGCAGGACGCGCAACGCCACCGCGCAGUCCGAGGACUGGGCGACGUCAUGGCGCAUCGGGCAGCCGCCACAAGCACGAUCGGGACAGCGCUGGAGGGCGGGAGCUGUGCAGCCCGGGAGUUUAAUGCGGAUCGUCGGUUGCGAUCCUGGUGCAUCGGAUCUUGGAGGACGAGUACACCACAAGCGUACUGCUGCAUGCAGUGGCCAGUGGCGCACAACCGUAUAUGUCGGCGCAUCCGAGCAUCAUCGCUGGGGCACCCGCAGACGUAGCAGCGUGUGCCACUGCAAUGAUGAAAGGGUGGCAUGGGAAGCUCGUCCAUGCAUCCGAGCUGAGCCACCCAGGGCAGGCUUAGACAUACACGCAACUCCGACAUGUCGACCACUCAAUGUGGUUCUGGUUCUCGUCAGAAGUUCCUCCGAGUGGCAGAGUGGCAGACCCCAGACCAAGACCAAGUGACAAAGGACGCCGGGAGAUGAAGGCCUUCGACAUCAUCGGCGCCCUCUGCGCCCUAUGGGUGGCCCCCUACCGUCCAAUCGCGCUGCGCCCGCUCAGGUUCUAGACGGGACCGAUGAUCUUCCACGGCCGUGCGGGGUGGGUGGGCCCAUUCAUCGGCGGCGCGAUAGGUACCAUACGUGCUCCGCCACUGCAUCGAUGCCUCGCUGUGACGUCAAUCGGGAAAGACGUGCCCGAGCGUUAUGUUGUGCGGAUGUGGGGGAUCUUGGAGGCUGUUCACGGACACCGCGGAGACCCGGCCGUAGAGGCGGCGCGAAGACAGUCGUCGUAGCAAUCAUGGCGUCAUCCUUUCCAUUCGACUGCGCCGGCGGGAACGGGCUUCUCCUAUGGUGGGUGCUUGUUCACUUGCCUGGGACUCGGGAGCCUGAGGUGGCCAAAGACGGAUGCCGCCCCCAGGGCGUGCAAUUUCGUAACGAUGACGUUGAGAACCCGAAGCUGCACUCGGGCGAGCGCGCCAACCUCGGAGUCUGGACGUUGUGCACAUUAUACACAGGGCUGCAGCGCGAAUGGACGCGUUCUGAUUGAUGGCGUCGGGCGUGUGGAAGCCGCUGCAUGCCUCACGUCGACGAUAGCGAGCACGGACGUCCACACAGGGCAGCGCGGCCCUGGCACUCGCCCUGGGGGUGGUGCGACGCGAAGCGUACUAGCUCGCGCGAGUCGGGCCGGGGUGGUCACGACCUCAGGCUCAUCGCAGCAGCGAGCGUGCCGAGAGCGCACGGCGUGGGAAGCUCGCCGAGCACUGUGUCGGCGCACUGCGGAGGCUAUCGUAGGGUCAUCCAAGGAACGACGCUGAUCUGCGUGAGACCACCAGGUCCAUAUGUUCAAAACACGAAUGCUUGGGUAGCGCCCAAAUCCCGAUUGGCGCUUGUAGGCGUUUGGUACCGCCGUAGGCGCCUGUAUAGGCGCUCUUGAAUAGAGCGAAGGUGCUGGGCAGGCGCUGGACAGGGUCCAUUGACUGCGUACCGGGAAGUUGGGAGCCAAGGUGCGGCAAU